AUCUUUUACAUGUACACCUCUGUUUUCUUCCAAAGCUUUUUGACUCCUUUGACUCAACUUGGUCUAUAAGUGUCGUUGUUCUUGACUCAUUUCUCUUUCAAACUUAGUCUCUCCCUCUCUCCAACUCAUUUAAGAGAAUCUCUCUUACAACGGACCUCACCAUGUCUGAAAGUGAAGAAGAUGUUGAUCUUCCCCGGUUCUUCAAGGUCUUCCUCUCAGAAACUGCUUCUGAAUCAAUGGCGAUUCCAAUGUCUUUUAAUGAGCAUCUUGAAGACCCACUGCCGCAAACAGCUAAGCUCCAAGGCAUUGGAGGUGGCGUUUGGACUGUGAGCUUCAAGAAAAUACGUGACUGUGCGUAUUUCACUUCAGGGUGGUCAAAGUUUGCAGAGGACCAUGAACUCAAGGACGGGGAGUUCUUGACCUUUGCCUACGACGGUUCUCACACUUUUGAAGUUAGUGUCUUUGGUCGUUCUGGUUGUAAGGAGAUAAGAGCUGAGGUCGAGACGGUGGAAUUCUCUGAUGCUAAUUCUGACAAAGAAGAAGAAGAAGAUUCUUCAGUGGUUGCUGAUUCAAAUGAGGAAGAAGAUGAAGGCGAUGAUGAUUCUUCAUUCAUUGCUGGUGAAGAUGAUGAAGUCAGCCAGAGUCUCUCCCAUGUUGACAGUGAUGACACUGUAUCUAACGCUGAAGUUGUUGCAGGGUUUUCAAAUUUGGAGGUAGAGUCUAAUCCAUGCUUUACUACCACCCUCAAGAACAGGAUCUAUGAGCUGUUGAUUCCUGCAAAUGUGGUGAAAGAACAUGGGCUUACGUUUUGUGACCGCGUCAAGUACAUUGAUGGAGAAGGGAUCAUGCAUGGGGCUAAAGGGAAAUGGUCUGAUGAUAGGAUCUGCUUCAAAGGAUGGGACAGGAUUUGUAGAAGGAACAGGCUUAAAGAGCGUGAUACUGUCCACUGUGAGAUGCUUCACAUCAGGAAGAAAGUUCACACAAUCAAGAUCACAGUCACUCGUGGACGUGGUUGAAUCACUCUUCAUGAUCAUCACCAUCACCAUCACCGCACCCUUCAUCCAUCACUCAUCAUCACCACUAUCACAAUAACUAUCUAUGUCUUAGUAUGGCUUUUGUUUGUUUUAUCUUAGUACUACUUUCUUUAUCCCCGAGAAACCUUGUGAACUUAAUCAUGUUUCAUGUUGUAUUUUCAGUGCUUAUUAUGUAAUGCAUCUAUGACUUUUGAAG